AUGUUAAAGAACAACUACACAGCGGUGACUGAGUUUAUUCUCCUGGGACUGACAGAUCGACCUGAGUUGCAGCCUCUCCUUUUUGUGGUAUUCCUCGUCAUCUACCUUAUCACAGUAAUCGGCAAUGUCAGCAUGAUUUUAUUAAUCAGAAGUGACUCAAAACUUCACACGCCAUUGUACUUCUUCCUCAGCCACCUCGCCUUUGUAGAUCUCUGUUACACAACUACUGUCACUCCUCAGAUGCUGGUUCAUUUCUUAUCCAAGAGAAAAACCAUUUCUUUUCUUGGUUGCUUCAUACAAUUCCACUUUAUCAUUGUCCUGGUGAUCACAGAUUAUUAUUUGCUCACAGUGAUGGCUUAUGACCGCUACAUGGCCAUCGGCAAACCCUUGCUCUAUGGGAGCAAAAUGUCCCAAAGUGUCUGCCUCGCUCUUGUUGCUGCUCCUUACAUUUACGGCUUUGCCAAUGGUCUAGCACAGACCAUCCUGAUGCUCCGCCUCUCCUUCUGUGGACCCAAUGAAAUCAACCACUUCUACUGUGCUGACCCACCUCUCUUAGUCCUGGCCUGCUCAGAUACGUAUGUCAAAGAGACUGCCAUGUUUGUGGUGGCUGGUUUCAACCUCACCUGUUCUCUCACCAUCAUCCUCAUCUCCUACAUUUUUAUUUUCAGAGCCAUUCUGCGUAUCCGCUCUGCCGAGGGGAGGCGCAAGGCUUUCUCCACCUGUGGGUCCCACCUGAUGGCUGUCACUGUGUUUUAUGGGACACUGUUCUGCAUGUAUCUGAGACCUCCUUCUGAGGCAUCUGUAGAACAAGGGGAAAUUGUAGCUGUUUUCUAUAUCUUUGUGAGUCCCAUGGUAAACCCUUUGAUCUAUAGCCUUCGGAACAAAGAUGUUAAAGGAGCAAUAAGGAGAAUGUUUCAAAGGAAAUUGUUUGUAAAAUAG